AUCCGAUAACAAACAUUGAUUUGCCCUUGGGGUCACCAUAAAGUCGUCAAACGUCAAUACUGAAGGGACGGCAUUUCCGGGCUGAUUCUUCAAAUACCUCGACAUAUCGAGACCUCUUUCAAGAUGUCGGCUUCGAUUGAGCAGGCCGAGGCCCCCCACAAUGCCUACGAUACCAUUCUCGUAUUGGACUUCGGUUCUCAGUUCACCCAUCUCAUCACGAGACGGUUGCGAGAAUUAAACAUCUACAGCGAGAUGCUUCCGUGUACCACGAAACUAUCAGAGAUCAGCUGGACGCCCAAGGGAAUCAUUUUGUCUGGUGGCCCGUUUUCAGUUUAUGAUAACGAUGCGCCCCACGUUGACCCGGCCUUCAUUGAGCUCGGCGUCCCCAUUCUAGGCAUAUGCUACGGUCUGCAAGAGAUAGCAUGGAAUCUAAGCAAGGACAAUGUCGUCGCAGGCACUAAGCGAGAAUAUGGACAAGCGGACCUUACGCCCCAACUCAAUGGCAGCCAUGCUGAUAGACUCUAUGAAGGUCUAUCUGAGAAUGGUAGUAUGCGAGUCUGGAUGAGUCAUGGUGAUAAGCUAAGUCAACUACCGACCGGAUUCUGCACCAUUGCUACGACCCAAAACUCGCCUUAUGCUAGCAUCGCGCAUGAGACGAAGCCAAUCUUCGGAAUACAGUUCCACCCUGAGGUCACUCAUACUCCUCGUGGUACCGAACUUCUCAAGAAUUUCGCCGUCGGUAUUUGUUCAGUCAAGCAAAACUGGACCAUGACAGACUUCCUUGAGAAGGAGGUUUUGCGAAUUCGAAAACUUGUAGGCAAUGGUCAAGUGAUCGGAGCCGUCUCGGGUGGCGUAGAUUCAACAGUUGCCGCGAAAUUAAUGAAAUUGGCAAUUGGUGAUAGAUUCCACGCUGUGCUUGUUGACAACGGUGUGAUGCGGCUAGACGAGUGUCAGCAAGUAAAGGAAGCGCUUGGAGAGCAUAUAGGAAUCAAUCUAACCGUUGUCGAUGCCUCUCAAAUCUUCCUUUCAAAGCUGAAGGGAGUACUGGACCCUGAGCAAAAGAGAAAGAUUAUCGGCAACACGUUCAUCGAUAUCUUUGAGGAAGAAGCGAUCAAGAUUGAAAAAGCCGCCGAAAACACGCCCAAUGCCGGCAAAGUAGAGUGGUUUCUUCAGGGCACCUUAUAUCCCGAUGUUAUCGAAUCCAUCUCCUUCAAGGGCCCUUCUGCAACUAUCAAGACACAUCAUAAUGUUGGUGGAUUACCGAAGCGAAUGAUGGAUGGGCAAGGUCUCAAGUUAAUUGAGCCAUUCAGGGAGUUGUUCAAGGAUGAAGUUAGAGCCCUUGGGCGCGAGUUAGGUGUCAACGAAGAACUCGUUAUGAGACAUCCAUUCCCCGGACCUGGAAUUGCUAUACGAAUCCUCGGCGAAGUAACACCGGAACGUGUGGAGAUAGCGAGAAAGGCCGACCACAUCUUCAUUAGCAUGAUUAAGGAAGCUGGACUCUAUAACGAGAUCAGUCAAGCCUAUGCUGGCAUUGACACCAACAAGGCAGUGGGAGUCAUGGGUGAUAAACGAUAUGAAGGAUAUCUCUGCUUGCUACGUGCCGUCCAGACUAAAGACUUCAUGAGUGCCGAAGCCUACAAAUUCGACAUGGACUUCCUUAUGAACGUAUCUACCAGGAUCGUCAACGAGGUUGAGGGAGUAAGCUGCGUGUUUUACAACACGACGAGCAAGCCACCAGCCACCAUUGAGUUGUCAUGAUGGGAUAUUGAUUUCUUCGGUCUGUUCAGGAUAUUAAUUAGAGCAGAUUAUCGGCCAUGAGAAUUCCACAACUUUUCCUAAGCCAUAGCCGGUGGGAAAUUAGAUCGUGCUCACGCUCGGAGUGAUAGGUAUCUUAAUCUAGUCCAUUUGCUUCUACAAAUUGCGACUGCAACUAUCGCUAGGUAACAACCUAGAUUGAUAAUAUACUCUGAGUGUGACGCCACAGGGCGUCAAAAAUCGAAGUCUUCUAGCAAACUAUUAGUUAUGAGACACCCGUAGAGUUCGGGUUAUCGAACGCCAUCAUGAU